UACCUCUUUAUCUUUUAUUUGUCUGACUGUUGUUAUUAUCAUUAUUGUUAUUGUUAUUGUUGUUGUUGUUAUUGUGACGGUCUUCCCAAGGCUCCGUUGUUUUUAGAAUAAAUUGAAUUUUUGCAUACUCAACUUCGCUGCCUGAUGCCCUCUGCAUAAUCAUCGCUGUUAUCCCCAGAAUGAUCCUUGGGCCACGUCUGGGGGUUAAACCCCUUAUCCUCUAUGUCUCGAUAUUUUUGCUAUCCAUCGUGGGCCUGUAUUCAUGGAUAUAUUCUUCUCCUCCGCAAUAUAUCGGCGAAACUCUCCAGAAUAUCAAUCAUCAAAACGGGCUAACAAAGCAUCAAGCAAACGAGCUCUGUGGCCUCUACAACUGGCCAGUCUAUGAUCCACGACAAGGAAAUAAUCAAAACGCCCCUCACCCAGCUCGGAAAGUCUAUGACAUCUUCCUCCUCAACACCGAACUCGACUGGCUCGAAAUCCGUCUUAACGAAUUAAAUGACCAAGUCGACUUCUUCGUCGUCGUCGAAUCUAACACAACCUUUACCGGCCACCCGAAGCCCCUGCUCCUCACCGACCCCUCCGUCUGGGCCAAAUUCGCCCGCUUCCACCACAAGAUAAUCCACCAUAUCGUGGAAGGAGACGUCAAAAACGUACGUAAAGCCUUUUCCCGCGAGAAAUUUCAGCGAAACGCCGGCUUCACCCAGCUUUUCCCCACCCUCGGCCAACCAAACGCGAAGAGUCCUCUUGCUCUCCUCCCCGCCACAGCUCCGCAGCUCGGCGACGUCAUUAUCGUCUCCGACAUCGACGAGAUCCCUCGCCCUGCCACUGUGACCUUGCUCCGCAUCUGCAGCUUCCCCCGGCGUGUCAAUCUCCGCAGCAGGUUCUACUACUACAGCUUCCAAUGGCUACACAAGGGCCCGGACUGGGCGCACCCGCAAGCGACAUAUUAUGAAGGCAUGGAAAAUACGAUAAAGCCGGACGACCUGCGCAAGGGAUCGAUCCUGCAGAAGUUGUUCGUCCCCAAGACGGACCUGUUCAAUGCGUCGUGGCAUUGCAGCUCGUGCUUUGCGACAGUGAAGGAGAUGCAGACUAAGAUCACCAGCUUCUCGCAUACCGAGUAUAAUCGGCCGGAGUUUAUGAGUAAGGAACAUAUUGUCGAGGUGGUGAGGACGGGGAAGGAUUUGUUCGAUAGACCGUCUCAGGUAUAUCAGAGGGUUCAGUCAAAUCUGGACGUGCCGGCGUUCUUGAAGGGAGAGGCUGAGAAGAAGCGGUUUAGAUAUAUGUUGGAUAGGGAUGGGAAAGAUGGGGGUUUUGUGGAUUUUGAUUCUUCUGGAAAUUGAACGGAUCAAUAGGUCGUAAUUUUGGAUCAUGUCAUUGGUUUUUUUCUAGCCGGUUUGUUCGUACGUUUCAUAUUUUUUUGGUUACCUUUUUUCAUGUUUGUUAUAUCUAGACGCAUAUUUUGAAAGACCUGCAUAUACAUGAGUGCUGAACGCUGUAAUUCAGCUGAUACUACAGCAUAUAUAACGGUUAUGAUAUUUUUAA